CGUCCUGAGACUGUCUAGAGCCUGUUGGCGGUCGCCUCUCCACGACUGUAACAGUGGUUUGAGAAGCGGUGAGAAGUGUUGGGUUUGACUGCGUCAAGAUAGAUUCACCUGGUUCACAUACCUGACCUGAAGAUACUUAAACCGGUGCCAUGUCCGAUUGCUGAAUACAUUCUCUUCUUUCAACAAGUUCCAAACUCCAAAUACAAUCAUUCCAUCGAUCCAACUCUGGCCAGUCCUUUCCAUCACCACGAAAUCAGCCAACAUUGACAUUCCUUACCUUCCAUUCAUUGCAUUUCUAUACCAUUUCUCACCUUGACCAACACGUUCUUUGAAAGACCAAGUCAAAGCGGAACCCUACUUUCACUCCAAAAACCUCUCGUUGCCGCUGUAUAGAUCACUAUGGGUCCUGAUCAUGGUGUUCUCGGAGCCACCUUCAAGGCCACGAGAGCGUUGCAGAUGGCUUCCAUGAUUGCGAUUAUUGGUAUCACGGCCAACUUCAUUUCGGAAAUGGUCAGCGCUGGCGCAACUCCUCCCCCGGUCCUGGUCGCAAUAUUGAGCAUCGUCUGCAUUUCAGUGUUGUACUGCGCCAUCACACUCAUUCUCUACCUGGAUAACAUCCUUCCGUUCCUUAUCAGUACCGGCAUCGACUCACUCUUCUUGAUCGCUCUCAUAGUGGUUUCGGUGGUCGUGGGGAAGCCUCUCUCAUACCUCAACUGCCAGGACCUGGACAAGAACUCGAAUGCCACCUCAAGCGCCUACGACUUUACAUCGGCACUCGGAAACAGCCUAAACAAAAGUGGCAAGGUCAACUAUUCCCAAUGGAUCGGCACUUCCAAAUCCACCUGCCUCGAAAUGAAAUCGAUCUGGGGACUGAGCAUUGCUCUAUGUAUCUUAUUCACCUUCUCAGCCGUCAGCACCAUCUGCCUGUGGAAAAGAGCCAAGCACGCAUAUGUCAACAAGACCGAGGCGUGACGCGCCAAUGGUAGAGAAGCAACCACGGGGCAAGGACCGUCAUUCUCGGGAAAAGUAAGCGGUAUAUCCGUACAGCACAAAAAGGAUUUGCGCGGGUGAUCUUCAAAAGAAACUGGCAAAGAUAGUCGUAAGGGUCACCACCGGUUAGGUCUUCCAGGAUAAUGGUAGGGAGGGUAUGGCGUCAACGGUGAUCUCAAUCUCCCAACAGUUGUAUUAGCAUAAAAAAUCCUCGUGUUUUCGGCAUGUGGCUGGCCUCAAGGCACCAAAUGAGCCGGGUUCGGUUGCAGUGCAGUUCCAUCCCCGGAAAGAUGUGGCAGAUGAUGAUAGGUCGGAAGAGAGGGC